AUUGCCUGUUUGUAGAGGAAAGGGGACUCCUUUCAGCAACAUUCUUCUCUAUCCUGUCUUCUCUUAUGGCCGUAUGAGCUAUAUUUUCCGGCUGUUGCCGUAAAGAAUUUAUGGGUUUGGGUAUAUAGGUGUGUUUUCUGUCCUAGCCUGGGUCUUGUAUGCGGUUAGGAAGUAUUCGCGCCGCGCUAGGAUCGGUUCGAUCUGGUUGGUGAGGUAGGGCUUGUUAGCUAGCUCCCAUUAGCCUACAGCUAUCAAUAGAUUUACGGCUUAUAUCCGCGGCUGUUCUGCCAGGUAGAUCAGCUAAAGCUGGAGGCGCGGGUCUGACACAAUGGUUGGUCAGUUGCAGAUUUCUCCGAGUGUUGACAUUGGUAAAUAAUUCCUCUGUUUCGGGGACAGAUCAACGCCACCUUUGUUUGGCUCGAGCACAGCCUGACACGUUUGGCCUGUUUUAUUGUCUCGGUACUGUUGUUGUUGUUUUCGGGGUAGGCUGCUUGGCUUAUUAGGCUAACUUUGCCGUGUUCGCGUGAACAGAAGGAAACUGUCCGCUGUUCACUCCAGAAUAUCCCGACAGCCACCCAGACCUCCACCAACAACAACAUUAUGGCGCAACCCGACGCCCCUCAUGUAGCCAGUUCACAGAAAGCACUCAUGCUGGAACUGAAGAGCCUUCAGGAGGAGCCCGUGGAGGGAUUCAAAAUAACACUGGUGGACGAGGCUGAUUUAUACAACUGGGAAGUGGCCAUUUUUGGACCACCAAACACUCACUAUGAAGGGGGAUAUUUCAAGGCUCGAAUCAAGUUUCCUCUAGACUACCCUUACUCCCCUCCGGCUUUCCGCUUCCUCACCAAGAUGUGGCACCCCAACAUCUAUGAGAAUGGAGAUGUGUGUAUUUCUAUACUGCACCCGCCAGUGGACGACCCACAGAGCGGAGAGCUGCCUUCAGAGAGAUGGAAUCCCACCCAGAACGUCCGGACCAUUCUGCUGAGUGUGAUCUCACUGCUGAAUGAACCCAACACCUUUUCUCCUGCCAAUGUGGAUGCGUCUGUCAUGUACCGCAAAUGGAGAGACAGCAAAGGCAAAGACCGGGAGUAUGUGGAGAUCAUCAGAAAACAAGUGUUGGCUACCAAGGCUGAAGCUGAGCGCGAUGGUGUGAAAGUGCCCACUACGCUGGCGGAGUACUGCGUCCGCACACGCGCCCCAGCCCCCGACGAAGGCUCCGACCUCUUCUAUGACUAUUGCUACGACGAAGACGACGUGGAAGGCGAGGAUGGCGACUGUUGCUAUGACGAAGACGACUCGGGCAAUGAGGAGUCCUGACGCGCUUUUUUUGCGGCACCCCGAUCUUAGCUGACGUGUGCUACCCUUCCUCUCUCUGCCCGGGUUGCCAGAUAUUCUAGGUUUACAACCAAGAAAGAUUGGAAGCUUCCCUCCUCUAAACCAACACAGAGCUUUUUUCCUCUCGCCUCUGAAUGCGUCUUGGAGGUUGAAAUUGAUGCCUUGCUGAGGAAGGCUCUGACCUGGUAAGAUUUGCACCAGCACAAAAGUCACCAGUUUCUUCAGUUUUUAUCAUCACCUAAAUCCUUACUUUGAGGAAAACAAAACAAAAAAACAUAACUCUCACAUACCCUGCCGAGUUUCUCAGUCCCAUGUAUAGUGUAAGGUGUUGUGGGGUUAAAAAAACAAACAAAAAAACCCAACUGUCAACAAUAGCAACAUUUGCACUGGUGCAAACACUUCCAAACAUUUCUCAGCCUGUCUUUUGCAUAUCUUUCUUUCCCUAAUUGUAACUGGCUAUUGCUCACUGCUAGUUGGUCACAGUGAUGAACAGAAGAUUGAGGACUUCAAACAGCACGUUUGGUGUGCUGCAAAUAUUCUGUUUUUUGUUUUUUGGUUUGUUUGUUCUUUUUUUUUUCUCCCCUCUCCCAAGUGUCACAGUCUGUUCCGCUUUGAUAGGACAAGACCUUAAUUGUCACAUGACGAUGUUUUCAAAGUUCCUGUGCAUGCCGGAACUUCUUUUCAAAGCUUUUUGUCUCUUUUACUGGUGGACCGUUUAUCUACGUCAUGAUCCGCGUGAUGACAAAGACUUCAACAACAAGGACUCUCUGCCCGGAGGACCGGCUGGCUCAAUCGGAAGGUCAAAUCCUCACGUGAACUUUUUUUUUUUCUUUUUUUUUUUUUUCCUAACAUGAAGUUGAUCUUUGCCGUGUUUUCUUCUGGUUACUGUUGGAUGUAUUUCUCCUGUCAUUUUAAGUGUAGGGUUGUGUUAUUUGAAGUAGUUCAGAUUAAGAGUUGUGUAGGAUGAUCACGAGGGAGUUGUUGGGGCGGAGCUAAUUAUUGAUCAGAAUUGCAUUUCUCCUCGGGGGAGGUCACUCGCUGAUGGGCCCCACUUGACCCAAAGACCAAAAGAAGUGUGUUUUAAAGAAAGCCCAAAACAUUUGGUAACCGUUUGUCGCACUCUGUUUGCUCUUUGUGUUCUCUCUUGCAAGCUUGUUUUCAUUUUACUGUUUUCUUCAGAUAGAUGUUAUGCCUGUGUUUUGUUUUUUUGUUUUCUGCUUGAGAAUGAGUUAUGUGAUGACGAGAUUAUUAGGUUUGAUUGACAGAAACAAUUGUAGGUAUUGUCUCAUAAUCUAUGAUCCCACACUUCUCAACAAGGUUUUUUUUUUUUCUUUUCUUUUCUUUUUUUCUCCUGCCAGUCCUCGGAAGUGAACAAGACCAUCAUGUUUUAUUCUUCCAUUGCUAUUCUGUCUUAGUUGGGAUUGGACUUUUUUCUUCUUUUUUUCUUCAAGAGUGUGUGUGUGGGUGUGCUCUGUGUGAACUUUUUCAUCAGCAAUAUUGAUUGUUUUAAUUAAAUUGGGAAGUCAUACUGAAUUUCUCAGGAUAAUGAAUUACAUGUGACACAACAAUUGAGAAAAAGUAACUAUUUUCCUCUUUCGGUGGUCUUCAGUGUUGGUUUGCAUCUUUAACAGGAACCGUGACAGAUAUGCACAUAUAGCUGUAUGAAUGAUUACUAUGUUGUUUUAUUCACCUGUGUAUUUUUUUUUUUUUUUUUUUUCAGCUAU